AGCCGUCUGUCUGUCAACAUGUGUGAAACAUCAUCCUGUUCUGUCCUCACAUCCAUGGUGGCGAACCUAUCUGAUGGAAAGGAAGGCUGUCAAACAGCUCAACAUGGUCUCCAGGUUGCCCAAGUUUGCUUCCUGUCCCUCAGGCACCAACAUGACUGCCCUUCCCCAAGGAUCUGCCCCAGAGUCCAAAGGUGGACCUCUAGUCAGGCACAAUAAUUUGACACGCCUACAAUCCCUAAAUUGGAGAAAGGGUGAAGAGGACAUUGGAAAUAAAGUUCAACACUCUGACAGCUUGGAUGAGGAGACUAGUGUAACACCAGUGAUGGUGACUAAAAAGCCUUCUCCUGCAGCUGCAGUAAAAUGUAAAAGUGCAGUCCCCACUUCACAAAGUAGUUGCCCCAGGAGCAUACCCCAACCUAUUAAAACCUUUCCCCGCAUGACUACUCCGAAAUGCCUCUUAACAGGGAAUCCCCUGAAUAAUGACAUGGCUUCUCAGAAUGGAGUAAGUGUUGGUAAUGGGCGAUGUGGCUCCUCAGGGCCAGGUGUUGGCCAUGUAUCCCAACAAAGAACCCUGCAGAGCAAACUAUCCCUGUCCAACGACAGCAUCAAGUCUGACUCUAAAGACAGCAUAGUUCGCUCUCAGAGUUUCACCCACUCCAAGAGGGCAACAUGCUCCACCAACCCACCUAUUACCCGUUCCUUCUCCUUUAAUAAAGCUACAGAGCUUGCUAAAGAACUUCCCAGACCAUUGGCACAGUCUCCAGUAGCGAAAUCUUCCCUCAUACAGCCAAAUACAGUAUUAUCUGAAGAGAAAGUAAAUAAAUAUGGAAUUCCAAGACCUGCUGUAACUACUAGCAGUCAUCUUUUGCAAACAAACACAAUAAAGAAAUCUCUUUUACCCAGCUUUUCAGGUAAAAAACCUUCUGUGCUCAGUUAUAGACUUACACGUCCAACACUAACCAAACAUCCCCGCCCUGUUCUCCUUGGAAUUGUCAAAAAAGAUGCAGAAUUGAUAAAAAAUGUCCAAGACACUACAAAGAUAGCAGAAACCAGUUCAGAACCAAGUAGCAACAUUGAAAGUAUUGAAACGUCCCCAAAUGAGACUUAUUUUGAAGCAAAGGAGGCUGAGGGGAGUCUGGGCCCCUCCUUGGAGGAUAUGUCACUAUCAUCGUCCUCCUCAGUGGAGCACAAUGACACUAGUGAAGAGUACAUGGAUGACUUUGAUAAUCUCGGGAAUGGAGGUGAGACACUGCUGCCUGUCCUCAAUGAGGGGUUAGACCACUUUGGACUAUGUAAAGAUGACAACACUCUAAUUAGCAAGUGCAAUGAGGAAUCAUCGGAGACCAGCCUGCACACCUUCUUAUCCGAAACUGUUGACUGGGCAGGGAUGGGCCUCGCAGCUGGUAAAGAUGGCUUUGAGCAUGAGACGUUGUCUCCUUUAGGUGAUUUUCCUCAUGGAUCGUCUUUGGACCUGUCACCCUCAGACAGCUCUGGAGGGACUUACAUGUGGGACGAGGAGGGAAUGGAGGCACUGGGAGGCUCUGGACACCCCUGUGGAAGCUUUGACUCUGAUCUCAACAGCAUGGACAUUCUCGACAACCUGGAGAAUGUGGAGUCAUGUGACCUGGAGGAAGAGGACCUCAUGUUGGAUUUGGACCUGUCUGAAGAUGCAUCUUUACACAGCGACACUGAUGGGACAUCACCUUAUGAAUGCUCUGAAAAAGAUGGCUGGCCAACUCAGAGGAGGAGACGACAGCAGCUCUGGGGCAGGCGUGAUCAGUUCUGCCGUAAAAACAGAAGUGGCAUUUUGCAAUCGUUUGAUGGGCGCAAGGAACAGGGGCUGGAGAGGUCAGACCAUGUGACAUUGGAUGAGUUGACUCUGAAACUCAUGACUCAAGACUGCUCUUCUGUCAAAGAACAGCUGUUUCUACUGAAGACACUGCUUCAGAUGGAGACAGAUAGUUCAGCUGAAGAUACAUUAGAGGCUAAUACUCCAUCAUCCACUGACCAAUCUUUACUUGAUCAGAAGGUAAAAAGUUAA